AUGGACAACGACGACUUUGACAGCGUCUCGUGGCGCCACGGGCCGGACAGCGAUAGUUCCCGGCCUACAACCUCCGGAAUAGAUGCAGAAGAAUCUCAUGAGUCUCGUCACGACCCCAAUGGCAAGCGGCGGAUGAGCUCAGCAAGUGAGGCACCCCAGGCGGGGCCACACGCCGACGCCUUGGAUCUGGCAGGUAUCGGGGAUGGAGUGUUGGAAUGUCGGGUAGACACGCCUAUGAAGGAAAAUGACGGUACCAAGGAUGUAUACAUAUCGUAUCUGGUAUCUACACAUACCGAUUUCAAGUCUUUCCAAAAAUCCGAUUUUACUGUGCGCAGACGAUUUACAGACUUCUUUUUUCUCUACAACACACUCUACCGAGAUUACCAUGCGUGUGCGGUGCCGCCACUGCCAGAUAAGCACAAGAUGGAAUACGUUCGAGGAGACCGAUUCGGGCCCGAAUUUACCACGCGGAGAGCUUGGUCUCUACAUCGCUUUCUGAAACGCUUAACGCUACAUCCGGUCCUGCGCAGGGCUCCUUUGCUAGCUAUUUUCUUGGAGUCGGGUGAUUGGAAUGCACAUAUGCGAAUGCGAUCAUCCCGGACCUCAACUAGUGGGUCUGAUGGUGGCGGAGCGGGAAUAUUCGAUAAUUUUACCGACUCUUUCGUGAAUGCGUUUACCAAGGUUCAUAAACCAGAUCGCCGAUUUAUUGAGGUGAAGGAGAAGGCCGACAAGCUGGACGAGGAUCUCAACCAUGUCGAGAAAAUCGUGGCGCGGGUUGCCCGUCGGGAGUCAGACUUGGAGACAGAUUACAACGAACUGGCCACGCAGUUCCGCAAGCUUGUCCCGCUGGAGCCGGACGUUGAAGUACCGCUGCAAGUGUUUGCCGCUUCUGUUGAAGAAACGGCACGAGGAAUCAAGAAUCUCAAAGACCACACGGACCAAAAUUACUUAGGUUCACUCCGCGAUAUGGAAGCAUACAUCUUAUCAGUUAAAGCACUUCUGAAGAGCCGCGAACAAAAGCAGCUCGAUUUUGAAGCGCUGGUCGAGUACCGGAACAAAGCGGCGGCGGAGCGGGAAUCCCUCGAGACAAACCCCUCUUCGUAUUAUGCCUCGAACCCUCUUACCUCAUCCCCGGCCUCAUUUAUUCGGUCGAAGAUGGAGGACAUGCGCGGGGUGGACCACGAACAGUCACGCCGUGAGCGAAUGCGCAAACUCGAAAUAAAGAUCGAGGAGCUCACCCGCGAAGUGGAAACCGCCAAAACCACCUCGGAGAUGUUUGAUGAAGAGGUUGUGCGCGAGGUUGCAGACUUUGAGAGGAUCAAAUCAGUCGAGUUUCAGGAUUCCAUGGGGGCGCUCGCAGAGCAACACAUUGAGUUUUACCAAGGUGUGCUCAACACCUGGGAGCGGUUCGUUGCCGAGAUGGAGGGUGAUCUAGAAGAGAACGUUGACAACCCCCAUUACGCACAAGGUGAGGCUGGGGGCAGGUAG